AUGGAGCAGUUGGCUCAACAAAUCGCCGCGCUCCAGCAGCAGCAGACGCAGACGGCGGCAACACACCGGCAGGAGAUGCAGCAGCUCGCGACGCAGCUCGCCGACGCCCGCCGCGAGACGCAGGCCGCGGUCCUCCAGAUCACGGAGGCGAGGCGCCAGGAGGAGCAGGCCAACAACGACAGGAGGGCGACCCUGGAGUUGGCCCUCCGCGUCGCGAACCGCGGCGGGAACGAGAUCAUCGACGCGAAGGGAGUAGGACAGCCAGGAACGUUUUCCGGGAAGGAGGAGAGCGAGUUCCAGGAGUGGGCGCACAAAGUCGUGUGCUUCAUGUCGGCGAAGUUCGGCCCGGACUUCACUGCUGCCCUAAAGUGGGCGGCGUCCCAGCGGAAGAAGAUCACGAACGACGGGGACGGGGACAGCGUGAACUUCAUGGACGCCUUCGGCGAGGACAUCGUGGACUUGGAGGCGAAGGCGGCCAACCUGUACACGUACCUCGUGUCGUUCACGACGCACAGCGCCAACAAGGUCGUCAGGAACGCCGGGCAGCACCAAGGGCUAGAAGCCUGGCGCCGUCUCCACGCCGAGUACGACCCCACGUCGGCGAUGCGCCGGGUCGUGAUUCUCGGCAAGGUGCAGAACCCAGACAAAGUGGAGAGCAUCGACAAGCUCGGGCAGGCUCUCGAGGACUGGCUGAUGAGGAAGCGCCAGUACGAAGAGUUCACGGACCGAGACGGGCAGCCGUGCAAGGUCAGCGAGGACUCCCUGAUUGCCGCCAUGUACAGGUUGGCGCCGGCGGACCUGGAGACGCAGUUGAUGUUCAACGCGGCGGAGGACGAGACCUUCGCGGACAUCUUCAACAGGCUGAGCAGCUACGCCUCGACCAAGCACUCCCUGAAGUUGGACGCCAAGCAGAAGAACACGAGGCGAGGCCCGGACGACAUGGACGUCGGCGCGCUGACCCCGCAGCACCGGCCGGGCGUCCAGUGCUGGAAGUGCGGCAAGAUGGGUCAUUACGGCAAGGAUUGCAGGAGCGGCGGCAAGAGCCUCGGCAAGAAGGGAGGCAAAGGAUGCUGGACGUGCGGCGGCAACCACAAGCAGGUGGACUGCAGGGGCGGCAAGACCAUGAGCUCGCUCGACAACUGGCCGGCUGACGUCCCGAUGCCCUGGUGGAACCAGUCCUCCGCCACCGAGCCGGAGGCGGAGCAGAACGGCCUCGACAUCAGCGGGAUCGACGAUAAGAAGAGAUCAUUGUCAUCAUCGUCACCUUCCCCCUCCAGACCUCCAAUUCGGAUCCGGACUGGGAACGACGAGUGGCUGCGCAUCAACUACGAUACGGGCGCGGCCACUACUGCGUUUCCCUUGGAGUUCGGCGACGGGCUGAACUUGCAGAAGAAGGGCGAGUUCCGGGUGGCUUCCGGCGACGUGAUUCCGGACUUCGGCCGCGUCCGAGUGCCAGGCAUUGACGAGCAUGGCAACCAGAGGGGCAUCUCGGGUGCCGUCAGUGCGGUGCACAAGCCGCUCGGAUCGGCCGCGGAGGUGUCCAAGGGCCACGACUCCUUCAUCUGGCACAACGGCGGCGCGCUGGUGCCUAAGCACCACCCGGUGGCAGUGGGCAUGCGGCGUGCCUUCAACGAGCUGACCCGGUAUUACGGCAGGGAGGAGAUCUUGCCGCUGUACCGUGAGGGCCAGCUCUACAACUUCUACGUCAAGCAGAACGGGAAGCCGGUCAAACACGACGGUAUCAUCUUGGCGCCGCUCGAGAACCCGAUCGCGGGCACCACCUACGAGGACGACUGGAAGCAGGACGGCAUCAUGAAGGAGACCACCCGGUUGUACGACGGCCGAGUGGAGUUCGAGAGGACCGACGGCGAGUGGAGGUCCUUCGAGGUGAAGCGGGGCGGCUACACGCAGAGCCCGCUGGGCAUGGACCCCGACCCCAAUCGGUGGACGGGUCGGCGCAAGACUGUGGUCACGGCGGUCUGGGAGAGAUCCGCUGGCCCACAGAUGUCCGCGACUGCAGCGCAGCAGCUGGCAGACGACUGGCAGGCGGCUCAGGAUCCGAACAUCAUCGAGGAAUCGGAGUUCAAGAGAGUGCGGGCCGCGCGAGGCCCGACCCGGGCUCAAAAGGAGGAGCACGAGGAGCAGAAUCAUGCGGUGUACUGGUCGUGGUGCCCCGUCUGCCGGGCUGCCAGGGCGACCGGCACGCAGCACCGCGUUGAGGUAGAGAGGAGCGCGGACGAGGAGAAGGAAGGCCCACGCAUUUACAGCGACUACUGCUUCAUGAGCACGGACGAGACCUCGGCCCCGCACCUGAUCAUCAAGAGUUCGAAGUCAGGGCGACUUUAUGCUACUUCGAUUCCGGCGAAAGGCGUGGCUGAGUACAGCGUGAGGUUCUUCGGCAACACGGUGCACGGGACCGGCCUCAAGAAGUACAUCAACCACAGCGACAACGAGCCGGCGCUGGUUGCGCUCAAGGAGGCGGCAGCGAAAUCUUGCCCAUCAGCGGAGGCCAUUCCGAGGUCGGCGCCUGUGGGAGACCACCAGGCCAACGGCAGCAUCGAGGUGGGCGUGCGCGAGGUCAAGCGCGAAAUGCGUGCAACACGCCUGGCGUUGGAGCAGAAGCUGGGGCACAAGCUGAACGAGAGCGACCCUAUGCUGAGCUGGAUCGCGGGCUUCGCGGCCGACACCAUCGCGAAGUACCGCAGGGGCAGCGACGGCAAGACCCCGUAUGAGCGGGAGACGGGGCGGAGAUGGAAGAAGCCGAGCAUCCAGUUCGGCGAGAAGAUUGCCCUCAAGGUGGCACGAGAACGAGUUGGACGACCUAAGCGUGAUUGGGAGCCGGUGACGGUGGACGCGCGCUACAUCAGUGGAGCUACGCUGGCUGGGAUCAACUGCGAGGAGUACCAUGGGAUGUACAGGCGCCACGGGACGCAGCACCCGAAGGCGGCGCGGAGCCGGCAGCGGCCGUACCGGUACCGGUCGCUCCGCCGGCGGUGCCCGAUGUGGUUCUACGUACGCAAGAAGGACGUGCUUAAGUAUGGGCUCACGGCUGGAUGCCCAGGGUGCCAGGCAGUGGCACGAGGCGCUGGCGCGCAGACGCACGACGCGGCGUGCCGGAAGCGCAUCAUGGAGCAGGUGGAGAAGGUGAGCCCGUCAGGUAUGACCGACGUGGAGCAGGCGGUCCAGUCCACGACGCAGGACGUGGAGGUAGGCUCGCUGGACGUCGCGGUGGACGACGUCAAGAUGAGCGAUGAGAAGAUCGGCCUGGCCGAGGAGAUGGCAGUUGGGUUGAUGACCUGGCUGCGAGACGCUGGCGAGGAGUACCGGACCAGCGAUGUGAGAGACUUCUGCAGGGUAGCUGUGGAGCUGGGCGCAGUGGACAUGAUCGAGACCUACGCCCCUGUGCGCUUCGCGGCAAUGGCGCAGAAGUAUGGGCUCCGUCCAGGUUUCGCCAUGGACCUGAGCGAGAACAAGCCAGGGUCGUACGAUUGUUGGGACUUGGAGAAGGAUGAGGACGUGAAGGAGCUGGAGGACCGAGUGGACCAGGAGGAGCCGUACGUACUAAUGGGGAGCCCGCCGUACUUGACUACGGCGGUGGGCUUCUACUGGCGGCAACUUCGUGCCGGUAGGUAUUUCCUACACGAACAUCCGGCAGGAGCGGACUCAUGGAAGGAGGAUUGCAUCGUAAGGCUCAGAAGCGAGCCGGGGGUCUACACGGUGGAGGGCCCCAUGUGCUGCUACGACAUGAAGCCGGAGAGUUUCGAGAAGGUCAGCGGCGAGCGUCACGUUUUGAUGCAGACCAGGUGGAUGACCAACUCGGAGGAGCUGGCCAAGGCGUUGGAUCGAUGGUGUGCCAACCGGACUGGUGGGCCGUACCACGUCCACAUGCAGGUGGUUGGCGGCGUGGCGAAGCAGACAGCAGCGUAUCCCGUGCGACUCGUUUGCACUAUCUUGAGGGCCCUGAAAGAGCAGAUGCGGCGAGAUCGACCGCACUAUCCAGUCGACGACCUGGGCCCGAAGGAGAUCAAGAAGAUGGUAGAGUUCUACGAGGAGACCCGGGACAACAUCACAGGCGAGAUACUUCCCCCGGAGUUGGUAAAGGAGGCUAGGAAGAAGGAGAUGGAUUGGGUUCGAAACGUCAAGUUGUACGACAAGGUACCGAGGAGCGAGAUGGAAUCCAGAGGAUUCAAGACAGUGAGUACACGGUGGGUUGACGUGAACAAGGGCGAUAAGGACAAUUACAACGUGCGCUCGAGGAUCUGCGGUCGCGAGCUGAAGGCAAAGACCAAAGACCAGCUGCUGGCGCACGAGCUUUUUAGCGCGAUGCCACCGUGGGAGGCUAUCAAGGCCUUGUUCUCUCUCUUGGUCACCGACGGCUCCGUGGAUGGCACCACGGACCCAGAGAUCGCCAUCUUCGACAUCAGCCGCGCGCAUUUCAUGGCGCCGGCGAAGCGUGAGCUAUACAUCGACAUUCCCGCGGAAGAUCGAGAACCAGGUGACGAGCACAUGGUCGGAAGGCUCAAUCUCAGCAUGUAUGGGGUCCGCGAUGCCAGUAGUAAUUGGAUGGAUGAUUGGCAGCAGUUGCUGGAGACGGACGGGUUCGAGAUCGGAGUGGCGAACCCGGCGUUGUUCCUUCAUCGAGGUUUGGUUUUACGUGGUGGAGUGCAUGGUGAUAAUUUCGUGGUAUUGGGUCCUCGUUUGGGACUUGAUCAGAUCGGCGCCACUUUGGCGUCGAAGUAUUCCGUGCGGGAGAGCCACAGGCUAGGCUUCGCGGACCACUGCGUGAAGGAGGCGACGGUGCUGAACAGAGUCAUCAGGGUUGGCUAUAACCAGGACGGCCGCAAGUACGUUGAGAUCGAGCCGGACGCUAGGCACUCGGAGCUCAUCGUGCAGGCGCUGGGACUCGGCAAGGGCAAUGGCGUGAAGACGCCAAGCGUCAAGCCGACCGAUGCGGACAUUGAGCGGCAUCGGAUGUCACCGCCACUUUCCUCGACGGCAGCUUCGACAUUCAGAUCGGCUGUGAUGCGCGCGAGUUUUCUCGCGCAGGACCAGCAUGACAUCGGCGAGGCUGUGAAGACGUUGGCACAGAGGAUGGCCAAGCCAACGGAGGAGGCCAUGCAGGAGUUGAAGCGAUUGGGACGAUACUUGGUGUAUCGGCCGUACGUGAGCCUCAUCUACGACCAGCAGCGCAUGCCAGACCACAUCCUCGUGUCCGUCGACAGUGACCACGCGGCGGACAGGCUGACCCGGAAGAGCGUCAGCGGCAUGGUCAUCAGGAUGGGGAGGCACGUGAUCAAGGGCAGCUCCAGCAUUCAGUCGGCACUCGGACUGAAUGUUGGCGAAGCGGAAUUCUAUGCAUUGGUACAUGGAGGAGCCCAUGGACUGGGUAUGCAGAGUUUCAUGCGUGACCUCAUGGUGGAGUUGGACGUGGUCGUGGAGUCCGACUCCACGUCGGCCAAGUCCUUCGCGUCCCGGAAGGGCUUGGGCAAGCAGCGGCACGUGCAGACGCGGUACUUGUGGAUCCAGGACCGCGUCCGCAAGAACCACCUGAAGGUUCAGAAGGUGCUGGGGAAGCAUAACGUGUCCGACAUUCUCACCAAGAGCGUUCCGGCGGCUGAGCUGGACAGGCACAUCGUCGUGAUGAACCUUGUCGUCACGACCAGAGGUAAGAAACACAAGAGGCUCUGA